CGGCGGCAGAGCGGGGAGCACGGCUUGGCCGCCAGCGAGUACUUCAAAACCUGCUGAAACCCUGCGGAGUGGGUAUGGCACUCUGAAUGAAACGGACUUGGCAACGCUGCUCCUUUGUCCUUGUGGCAGGAGGAGACUACUGACCUGAGAUGGAAGUCAAAACAUCAUUUAGCAAAACCAGUAGGAUUCCUGAAACUGUAUCCCCAUUAAUUAAUGAAGAAUUUGUCCUGGUUCAUCAGCAAUCUGAGGACACCUCUGGAAAAGAUGAAAAACCUCAGCUAAAGGUAUUUUCCAAUGGAGAUGAUCAGCUGGAGAAGGCAAUGGAAGAGAUACUGAGGGAUUCUGAAAAAGACCAGAACAAUUUCACUGCUCUCCGAGAAGGUUCCAAUGAUGCAAGCAGCCAGGCAGCUGGAGAUGGGUCAGCAGGUCAAACAAAUCAGCCAUCUUUGCACCUUGUUUUAGACCCUUCUACUACAGAAAUCUCUGCACCAAGGCCAUCUUCUCCCAGUGAACCCCCGGAAGAGGACAGCGUAUUGUUUAACAAACUGACUUAUUUAGGUUGCACAAAGGUGUCUGCCCCUCGAAAUGAACCGGAAGCUCUACACGCCAUGGCAAACAUGAAAUCCUCAAGUCAGGCCCCUUUACCUGUAACGCUUUAUGUUCCAAACAUUCCAGAAGGGUCUGUAAGAAUAAUAGAUCAAUCAAGCAAUGUGGAGAUAGCAUCUUUUCCAAUCUAUAAGGUGUUGUUUUGUGUGCGUGGACAAAAUGGGACUUCAGAGAGUGACUGUUUUGCAUUUACUGAAAGCAGCUGUGGAACAGAAGAGUUCCAGAUUCAUGUUUUCUCCUGUGAGAUUAAAGAGGCAGUCAGCCGAAUUUUAUAUAGUUUCUCAACAGCAUUCAAACGUUCUUCCAAACAAGCAUCUGAUCAUGUUAAGGACUUUGUUCUUCCUACUCCAGAUAGUGAUGUAUACACUUUCAGUGUUUCCUUAGAAGUCAAAGAAGAUGAUGGAAAAGGAAAUUUUAGUCCUGUGCCAAAGGAUAGAGAGAAAUUGUAUUUCAAGCUUAAACAGGGAAUUGAGAAGAAAGUGGUGAUUACAGUUCAGCAACUCUCGAACAAGGAACUGGCAAUUGAAAGAUGCUUUGGGAUGCUACUAAGCCCUGGACGAAAUGUGAAGAACAGUGACAUGCAUUUACUAGACAUGGAAUCCAUGGGAAAGAGUUCUGAUGGCAAGGCUUAUGUAAUUACUGGAAUGUGGAAUCCUAAUGCACCCAUGUUUCUAGUACUUAAUGAGGAAACUCCUAAAGAUAAGCGUGUAUUCAUGACUGUGGCAGUGGAUAUGGUUGUUACUGAAGUAGUAGAGCCAGUCCGGUUUUUGCUGGAGACUGUUGUGCGUGUGUAUCCUGCCAAUGAACGUUUUUGGUACUUCAGCAGAAAAACCUUCACAGAAACUUUUUAUAUGAAACUAAAACAGUCUGAAGGAAAAAGCCACACUAGUGCUGGGGAUGCAAUUUAUGAAGUUGUCAGUCUACAAAGAGAAUCUGCAAGAGAGGAAGAGUUGGUCAGCCCAACAAGUGGAGGAGGGCCUAUGUCAUCCCAGGAGGAUGAGGCAGAAGAAGAGAGUGAUAAUGAACUCUCCAGUGGCACUGGUGAUGUGUCAAAGGAUUGUCCUGAGAAGAUUUUGUAUUCCUGGGGAGAAUUAUUGGGGAGAUGGCACAAUAAUCUUGUUGUGAGACCAAACGGAUUAUCUACCCUGGUGAAAAGCGGUGUUCCGGAAGCACUAAGGGCAGAGGUUUGGCAGUUGCUGGCAGGAUGCCACGACAACCAGGCAAUGCUGGAUAAAUACAGAAUUCUCAUCACAAUGGAUUCUGCUCAAGAGAGCGUCAUUACACGAGAUAUUCAUCGUACAUUUCCAGCACAUGAUUAUUUCAAAGAUACAGAAGGAGACGGUCAGGAAUCUCUAUACAAAAUCUGUAAGGCAUACUCUGUCUAUGAUGAAGACAUCGGCUAUUGCCAGGGACAGUCUUUCCUUGCAGCUGUGCUUCUACUUCAUAUGCCGGAGGAGCAGGCAUUCUGUGUAUUUGUGAAAAUAAUGUAUGACUAUGGCUUGAGGGACCUCUACAGAAAUAACUUUGAAGAUCUCCAUUGCAAAUUUUUCCAGCUGGAGAAGUUAAUGCAGGAGCAGUUACCCGACUUGCACAGCCAUUUCUCAGACCUCAAUUUGGAGGCUCAUAUGUAUGCAUCCCAGUGGUUCCUCACUCUUUUUACUGCCAAGUUUCCACUCUGCAUGGUCUUCCACAUCAUUGACUUACUACUUUGUGAGGGUAUGAACAUAAUCUUCCAUGUAGCCUUGGCUCUCUUAAAGACCUCAAAAGAGGACCUUCUACAAGCUGAUUUUGAAGGAGCUUUAAAAUUCUUCAGGGUUCAGUUGCCCAAGAGGUACAGAGCUGAAGAGAACGCCAGAAGACUGAUGGAACAAGCUUGCAACAUUAAGGUGCCAACAAAAAAGCUGAAGAAAUAUGAGAGAGAGUACCAAACAAUGCGAGAGAGUCAGCUGCAGCAGGAAGAUCCUAUGGACAGAUACAAGAGGGAAAACCGCAGGCUCCAAGAAGCAAGCAUGCGGCUGGAGCAGGAGAAUGAUGACCUUGCCCACGAGCUUGUAACAAGCAAAAUUGCCUUACGGAAUGACCUGGACCAGGCUGAAGACAAAGCGGAUGUUUUGAACAAGGAACUUCUCCUGACCAAACAGAAGCUAGUGGAGACUGAGGAAGAGAAACGGAAGCAGGAAGAGGAAACUGCUCAGCUGAAGGAAGUCUUCAGGAAGCAGCUAGAGAAGGCAGAAUCCGAGAUCAAGAAAACCACAGCCAUUAUUGCAGAGUAUAAACAGAUUUGUUCCCAGCUGAGUACCAGGCUGGAAAAACAACAAGCAGCCAGUAAAGAUGAACUGGAAGUUGUGAAGGGUAAAGUGAUGGCCUGCAAACACUGCAGUGAGAUUUUCAGUAAGGAGGGGGCACUGAAGCUGCCUGCUGUAAGCACGGAGAAUAAAGGCAUAGAGACAGAUGAUGAGAAGGAUGCACUGAAGAAGCAGCUGAGAGAGAUGGAGCUGGAACUUGCACAGACCAAACUGCAGCUUGUGGAGGCCAAGUGCAAAAUUCAGGAGCUGGAGCACCAGCGAGGAGCCCUAAUGAAUGAAAUCCAAGCUGCCAAAAACUCUUGGUUUAGCAAAACCCUGAACUCUAUCAAAACGGCCACAGGCACGCAGCCACCGCAGCAGCCUCAGCCGGCCCUGCCACCCAAAGAGGGCAGUACAUAGUUCCAGCCAGAGCCGAUACCAGAGCACAAAGAACACCACAACCGAAACCCUGGAGGAUUCUUCCAGUGGUCUCUCCUCUUGGGGAAAGGACAAAAGGCAGGAGUGCAGGCUUGAAGUGAAAUUCUUUGGUGUUUUUCAUUCAUUCUGAUGUGACCCUUUUCGAAGGGGAAAAAAAGUAAUUCCUGUUUUAUGUUGAAUUCUGACUUCCCAAACUGCCUUGCUGAAAGCCACGUUCUGAUACCUUCAUACUUUUACACUUUAUUUUAUAUGACUAGAUGUUAAAUAAAUACUUCAAAACUAGGUCUUUAAUACAUGACUAAUUAUUCAGAAUUAUUUUUAUCUUACAUAGAAGGUUUUUUCUUCUUCUGGAGGAAGAGAGAGACUGGAAAAUGUAAAGUACUGAAGCAUAAUCUCUUCCUAGAAAGCACAGUGUAGUAAGUACUAGCGUGUGUGCGGGUGUCUAGGAUAACUUACGCCCUGGGACCAUCUCAGAAGUUUACCGCAGUGACCGUGUCCUGCAGAGAAGCACUUUUUGUAAAGCUUAGGCCAUAGCAAAGAUAGUCUUGUGCUUUCUUGGCACAAUCGUUUAUGAGCUUCCCUGAUCAUUUCUUAGUUCUGAUUGUUUUUUCUUCAGAAAUACAAGUAGUGCAGUUCUCUGUAGCACUCUGGUUUAAAGGCUAUUUACAGCUGAACUGGAAUUUAACAUAACAUUAUCUAGUUCCCUUUCUUAUUUCAUGUUUAUACUAAGAAUUCCAAGAAAUCAUUCCUUCCACUGGGAUAAAGGGAAAACUGUUCAACAUUUAUUUGAUGUUUUUGCUGAGAAGCAGAGUGAAGACCUUGCAUAGUUGUGACCUUUUGUAAAUCCUGUGCAAUAAAGGGUAGGUUUUAUGAAUAAAAUUAAUGAAAACCUUUCCCUAGGUCUGUAUUCAAAUUCUGAAUUUGACACAGAAAUGAGGUAUCAGAUAAAAACCCCAAAAGGCUUGUGCUGCACUGAUGAAUAAAACAACACAGAAGCAAGAUCUGUUUGCUAGAAGUAUUUGGUUAGGAGAUGCUACGUUGGUAUUACUUAUUUUUAUAAAAACAAGCAUUUUCAAGGGGAAUACAAAACCUAGACUUUUCCGUGGGGUAGACUUCUCUGAUGAUUCCCAGACCUGUCUGGUUGUUUUAUAUCUCUUAAGGUAAGAAAAUUCAAAAGCAUUUGUUUUGACUGAACAUAAAGUGUUUAUAGAAAUACUUAUUUCAUGGAAAUUUAAACUAUUGCUCAAACUGAUGGAAUAUUUUUUUAAUUAUACCUGUCAUGUCUAAAGAUGGUCUUGCAGGUAAAUAUAAUUGCUGGACUAAAGGUUGUGUAUUAAUUGUUCCAUUUACAAAAUUGUUCCAGGGACGUUAGUUCUGUUUUGAUUUUUUUUUUUUUUAAUUCUAAGGAAUGCCGUAUCUUGUCAGUUUUGUACAAUAAAAUUUAAUGAUACCCAUCUUGUGCUUUGUUGUCAAGCAUAAUUGUGAAUUAUUUUAAACAGGGUAGUACAAAUUUAAUGUUACCUGUGCCAAAGGAAUGAUUCUGAAAGGCAGUCAGCUGUUUGAAGUAGAGAUCAAAAUAUAAUCAGUAUCCUGACACAACUAUCCUGCAACGAAAUUCUCUCUUCUAAGAGUAAGGAGUUAAAAAAUGUUAAUAUUUUAAAAUGCACCUGCAGGAGCAGUGAUUAUCCGGAAAUAUUAAUACAGUGAGAAAAAAGGGGGUGGGGGAGCAGAAGGAAUUUCUUUUGCAAAUAUUA